AUGUUAGAAAAUAUGCUGUCACCAAAAAAUAUCCAAUCAUAAAGUAAGUAGUCUCCCAAAAAAAUAAUAAACGACUUCGAAUAUCGAUUAGAAGACUGUCUCGGCUAAGGAGAAUACAGUUCUGUGUUUAAAGGCCAGGACAGAAGGUCUGGAUAGGAAGUUGCAAUCAAAGUUAUAGAGAAUUCCAGGUUGAACUCGAAUUUCUCAAGACAGAUGUUGAAUAAUGAAAUUGAGUCUCUGAAGAAACUCAAAUCACCUUACAUCUUACAGUAUAUCAAUUACAUUUACACUCCAAACAAUCAAUACAUCAUAACUGAAUACUGCAACGAAGGAGAAUUGAGAUUUGUCAAGAAUCGAUCGGAUUAAUAGUUGUUAAGAAUUUUCCAUCAACUACUGUAGGCUUUGAAGGAACUGAAAUCUAAGAAUAUAAUACACAGAGACAUCAAACCUCCAAAUAUCAUGAUGCACGACUGUAUACCUAAGCUUGCCGAUUUCGGGUUUAGUGCUAAUAUAAAUUAUUUGGAGUUAUAAAAAUCAUCAUUUGGCACACCACUCUAUAUGGCUCCAGAAUCUUUGCUCAACGAUAUGUACAGUUUCUAGUCUGAUGUUUGGUCGGUCGGAAUUACUAUGCAUGAACUCAUUUAUGGGAAUGUUCCCUUUUACCAUGACAAAGAAUCUGAAUUAAAGAAAAUCCUCCAAAAUUAUGUCAAUAAUCCAAUGUUGAUAAUGCCUAAGUCAAUAUUCAUUCCAUUGCUUAAAGGGAUGCUUGAUCCAAAUCCUAAUACUAGGUUGACCGUAGAAUAAUUGUUAUCAAUGAUUACGACAGAUUAGAAUACUUAAAAUAUUUCUCAAUCUGGAUUCAACUUUUUAAGCAAUUUUGCAUAAACCUUAUAACAUUUUGAGUCUAAGGUCGAUGAUACAUGUCUUCGCUGGGCAAUUCUGAAGAUCCUAUCGACAAAAUUCAAAAUGAAUGCAAAUGCUCAAUACUUAAUAAAUCAAUAAAUCAAUUCGCUUAUAUAGUAAUUUCCAUAAUGA